GUUCAAACCUAAACUUCAAGGCAAUAGCAUUAGUUAACCCUUCUUAACCAAACUGCAACCACUCACAUCCCUUCCAACCAAUACAUUGUCUAUUUAUAUAGACCCUUUCUGUCCCAACUUUUAUUUGCCACAUCCUCAUCAAGAAAAUUAUUCUUUCCAAAAACUGCAAACCUUUUUUUCUGAGAAAUCCAGAAAGUCAUGCUCAGAAUGUUCGGACCCGUUUUGAUCAUCUGUACUGUUUUAUCUUCUCUGUACACACCAUCCCAUGGCCAAUCAUGUGCACACUACAGCUUUGCCAGCAACCAGAAAUUCAAGUCAUGCAAUGACCUCCCACACCUCAACUCAUUUCUGCACUGGGACUAUGAUCAAUCAGCUAAAACAGUUAAGAUUGCGUAUCGUCACACGGGAGUCUCAUCUUCUAGAUGGACAGCAUGGGGAAUUAAUCCUACAGGGCAAGGCAUGGUCGGGGCACAAGCACUAGUGGCUUUCCAGAAAUCCGAUGGCACAAUGAGAGCAUACACAGCACCCAUUGCAGGGUACCAGACUCAAUUACAGCAAGGAAAUCUAAGUUUCGAGGUUUCGGACUUAAAGGCAACAUAUGCAAGGAGUGAAAUCACUAUUUUCGCUAGUUUAAAGUUCAACAAUUUAAGCUCCACAGUGAAUCAAGUUUGGCAAGAGGGUCCCAUUACUGGAGACACUCCAGGAAUACAUCCUACUUCCGGUUCUAAUGUUCAGUCUACGGGGACACUAAAUUUUCUUUCUGGAGAGACAGGAGCAUCGUCUGGAGGAGCAGUCAACUCCAGAACUAGGAAAAGGAAUAUUCAUGGACUACUAAAUUCAGUGAGUUGGGGGAUCCUGUUGCCAACUGGUGCUGUAUUGGCAAGGUACCUAAAAGUGUUCCCAUCUGCAGAUCCAGCAUGGUUCUAUCUACACGCUACUUGCCAAGUCUCAGCCUACAUCACCGGGGUUACAGGUUGGGCAAUCGGAAUCCAACUAGGAAGCCAGUCUCCCGGAAUUCAGUACACAGCACAUAGAGUUAUUGGCAUUGUAAUAUUUUGCCUUGCAACCCUCCAGGUUUCUGCUAUGCUUCUAAGGCCUAAAAGGGAGCACAAACACAGAUUCUAUUGGAACAUAUACCACCACUUCAUCGGAUACUCUGUUAUAGUUCUAAGCAUUAUCAACAUUUUCAAGGGCUUUGACAUUCUAAAUCCAGAGAAGAAAUGGAAGAGAGCUUACAUUGGGGUCCUAAUAGGUCUGGCUUGUGUUGCAGCAACACUGGAAGUUUACACAUGGUGCAUGGUUCUGAGGAGGAAAAAAUCAAGCCAAAGUCAGAACAUGUCUAAUGGGAUCAAUGGGAAAAACGGUUACAACGGCUACACAUCACGGCCUCAAGACAUAAUAUGAAGCAGACAUACCGUUUGAUGAAUGGAGUUCUUCUAUUUGGCUUGUGUUUUUGUCCAAACCCUUCAUGUUUAUGUUACGAUUCCGUCUCUAGUAUGUUUUUGGUGUUCUAACUGUGUUGAUAUAUCCUUCAAUUCUAGGUGAGCAGAGCAUAGGGGAUCUUUAUGCCUCUAGAAAAUUGUACUCAUUUCCUAAUGCCAGCCACAUUAAGACCUAAAUGUGAUACUAGCAAAGCCACAGAUAAGAUGGAUUACAUUGUGUGAAUCAAAAUUGAUAAAACUUGUGAAAAGAUAGAAUCAAUGCUUUUAUUUAUUUGUUUUAAUUGUGAAGAGGGUAUGUCUCUAGGCAUCAGCCAAGAGGAAAAAUCAUCUAAUACAUGAUGUGCAUGUACUAGCAAUGCUCAUACUAUAGUUCCUCUGGAUAGUAAACCAAGCUUAUCUGGUAUCAAAGUGAUCUCUAUUCCGAUUGCUGCAA